CACAGGUCACAUAUAUGGCUUUUAUUUCUGAGUUCUGCACAAGAAGUUAGAGAGAGAGAGAGAGGAACUACCUCCACAAACUCUUGCUUGGCGCGAGUUUCUGUUACAACGGUCGCAUUCCAGUAGAGAUAGAGAGAGAAGAGAGGAGAGUAUUAAUGGCGGACUCAUCACAUGGUCGUGCGAGCUUCUGGACACGAGCCAACGCUUUGCUCAGGAAAAACUUGACCUUCCAGAAGCGGAAUAGAAAGUCAACCAUUAGGCUCAUCUUAUACCCAUUUUUACUCUGCUUGAUACUUGUUGUCGUGCAAAAUUUGAUUAACCAUUUACUGGACAAUGCCAAAUACAAGUGUGGCUGUACUUGCAUUGAUAGUAAUGCCGACGGUCAGUGUGAUAGCACUGAGAAGGUUUGUGGGAUUCAGUACUCAACAUUGGAUCAAGCGAGCAGCUGUCCCAUUCCUAGUCCCCCAGAGUGGCCUCCCUUUUUGCAAAUUCCAGCUCCUGAGUAUCGUGCCGUAAGAACUGAUUUCGUUUCAUUCACAGACUUACCGGAUGAGUCAUGCAGGAAUACUGGAACCUGCCCUGCGACUAUUCUUUUUACUGGGAAUAACCAAACCCUCGGACAAAGGUUGGCUGGGAAUUUUUUCACCAGUUUUUCCACUUUGAAUUCGUCCGACAUUUUGUAUAGCUUAGCCUAUUAUGCCUUGGGAUCAGACACAGAGACUCAACUCACCAAUUUUCUUGACCCAGCUUUCUUUUCAAAUGAACCCGUCUAUGAUCUCGAACCUCAGUGCUCGGCAAAUUCCAUGAUUCCUGUUACCGUCCAGAUUGCUACCAGUGCAGUAACACAGGAGGCAAUAUGUGUUCAAGGUCAAAAUCUGUGGCGCAAUAGUUCUUCUGAAAUUAAUGAUGAGUUAUAUAAGGGCUACCGGAAGGGAAAUUCAGAAGGGAAGAUAAAUGAGAUUGUAGCAGCUUAUGAUUUCUUGAACUCAGAUUUUAGUAACUUCAACGUGAGCAUAUGGUACAAUUCCACAUAUAAGAAUGACACUGGCAAUGGCCCUCUUGCAUUGCUGCGGGUCCCUCGCUCAGUGAAUUUGGCCUCAAAUGCCUAUCUUCAACUUUUGCGUGGGCCUGCUACAAAAAUGCUAUUUGAGUUUGUCAAAGAAAUGCCCAAGCCUGCAAGCCAACUCAAGCUGGAUUUUGCUUCUCUCCUUGGGCCGCUUUUCUUUACUUGGGUCAUUAUCCAAUUAUUCCCUGUCAUAUUGACAUCUUUGGUUUACGAGAAGCAACAAAAGCUAAGAAUCAUGAUGAAAAUGCAUGGGCUUGGCGAUGGUCCUUAUUUGAUGAUUUCUUAUGCUUAUUUUCUUGCUCUAUCGAUUGCCUACAUGUUAUGUUUUGUGAUAUUUGGCUCUGUUAUAGGUUUAAAAUUCUUCACACUCAAUGAUUACAGCAUCCAAUUUGUGUUUUAUUUCAUCUACAUAAACUUGCAAAUUGCACUGGCUUUUCUAGUUGCUUCAUUUUUCUCAAACGUGAAGACUGCUACAGUUAUUGGGUACGUGCUGGUUUUUGGAACUGGGCUCUUAGGAGGCUUUCUCUUCCAGUUCUUCGUUGAAGAUACAUCAUUCCCAGGAGGCUGGAUUAUUGUUAUGGAGUUAUAUCCUGGCUUUUCCCUAUAUCGAGGGUUAUAUGAGUUUUCACAAUAUGCUUUCACGGGAAACUAUAUGGGGACUCAUGGGAUGCGAUGGGGAGACUUAAGUGAUAGCAACAAUGGGAUGAGAGAUGUUUUAAUAAUCAUGUCAUUGGAGUGGUUGGUGGUUCUAUUUGUCGCGUACUACAUUGAUCAAGUCAUAUCAUCAGGAAGAAGCCCUCUUUUUUUCCUGAAUAACUUCCGAAAGAAGCCUUUAUCAUCCCCAUCCCUUAAGAGAGAUAGUUCUGAAAGACAGGGAUCUAAAGUUUCCAUUGAAAUGGACAAACCUGAUGUUGCCCAAGAGAGGGAGAAGGUUGAGCAGUUGCUACUUGAACCAAACAUGAAUCAUUCUAUCAUCUGUGAUAACCUCAAAAAGGUGUAUCCAAAAAGGGAUGGAAACCCUGAGAAAGUCGCAGUGAGGGGGAUGUCACUUGCUUUGCCUCAAGGGGAGUGCUUUGGUAUGCUUGGUCCCAAUGGUGCUGGCAAAACCUCUUUUAUUAAUAUGAUGAUUGGGCUCAUUAAGCCAACCUCAGGUAUGGCAUAUGUUGAAGGUCUGGACAUACGAACUCAGAUGGAUGAAAUCUAUACCAGCAUGGGUGUAUGCCCACAACAUGACCUACUCUGGGAAAUCCUGACAGGAAGGGAGCACUUGCUUUUUUAUGGAAGGCUUAAGAACCUUAAAGGGUCUGCAUUAUCCCAAGCAGUGGAAGAAUCUCUUAAGAGUGUGAAUUUGUUUCAUGGAGGAGUUGCUGACAAAAUGGCUGGAAAGUAUAGUGGAGGUAUGAAAAGGAGGCUCAGCGUUGCCAUUUCACUAAUUGGGGAUCCCAAAGUUGUUUAUAUGGAUGAGCCAAGUACUGGACUGGAUCCAGCUUCAAGAAACAAUUUGUGGAAUGUCGUGAAACGGGCAAAACAAGAUCGGGCAAUCGUUCUCACCACGCAUUCAAUGGAGGAGGCAGAGCAUUUGUGUGAUCGAUUAGGAAUUUUUAUGGAUGGAAGCUUGCAGUGCAUAGGGAACCCCAAAGAGCUCAAGGCUAGAUACGGAGGUUCUUACGUGUUUACGAUGACGACAUCAUCGAACCAUGAAGAAGAAGUUCAGAACUUGGUGAAGAAUCUGUCCCCGAAUGCUAACAAGAUAUACCACUUGUCUGGAACCCAAAAGUUUGAGCUGCCAAAACAAGAAGUCAGAAUUGCAGAUGUUUUCCAGGCAGUUGAGAAGGCAAAGAGCAGGUUCACAGUUCACGCGUGGGGUCUGGCGGAUACAACUUUAGAGGAUGUAUUUAUCAAGGUUGCUCGCGGCGCCCAAGCGUCCAAUGUGCUCUCUUAAUUGGAAAAUUUCAAGGUUAGAUUGUACUGGUGGUAUCUUUCCGUGUACCCUGAUGAUUUAAUGGUGAAGAAAAUGGGAGUAUGUAGGCAUACGUAUCGAUAGCUUUUCUUAACACGUUUGUAGAGCACUCCUCUUGAUUUGUAUAGUGUAUGUUGUAAAUUCCAUUAGAUAUUGUAAGCUUGUUUCUUUAAUGUCAUCAUAAUAGCAUGUUUUUAUUGUCAUCAGUGACUAAUUGAAUCUCAUUUAUGAAAUAAAUAUGCAAUUUUUUUUUUCAA